CAUUAUGGGAAAGCACGUUUGACGCACAUGUGGCCAUCUGAUCUCAGUGCUGCGCGAGACCUGAAGAAAAGCGGCGGAACUUUGUGAGACUGUUGUUUGUAAUACAAAGGAAAUUUGUCUCGUGUACUAAAAUAAAAUGAAACCAGGUUUCAGCCCAAGAGGUGGUGGAGGAAGAGGAGGAUUUGGUGGAGGAGGAGGAUUUGGUGGUGGCGGAGGAGGAGGAGGAUUUGGUGGUGGACGAGGAGGAUUUGGUGGAGGACGAGGAGGAUUUGGUGGACGAGGAGGAGGAGACAGAGGUGGAAGAGGAGGAUUCAGAGGAGGUAGAGGUGGCGGUGGAGGAUUCAGAUCCCCUGGUGGUGAUGGGGGCUUCCGCGGUCGAGGUGGUGGACGUGGCACACCGAGGGGUCGUGGAGGAAGAGGCGGCGGAGGCGGCUUCAGAGGAGGCAAAAAAGUAACCGUAGAGCCCCACAGACAUGAGGGUGUGUUCAUCUGCCGUGGUAAGGAAGAUGCUCUGGUUACCAAGAACAUGGUGAUUGGAGACUCUGUGUAUGGAGAGAAAAGAAUAAGUGUCGAGGAAGGAGAAACAAAGAUUGAGUACAGAGCAUGGAAUCCUUUCCGGUCGAAGCUGGCUGCUGCCAUUUUAGGAGGUGUAGACCAAAUCCACAUCAAACCAGGAGCAAAGGUCAUGUACUUAGGAGCGGCAUCAGGGACUACUGUAUCGCAUGUUUCUGACAUUGUUGGACCAGAAGGGUUGGUGUACGCUGUAGAGUUUUCUCACAGAUCAGGCAGAGAUUUGCUAAAUGUGGCUAAAAAGAGAACAAAUAUUAUUCCCAUCAUUGAAGAUGCACGUCACCCACACAAGUACCGCAUGCUUGUCGGUAUGGUGGAUGUCAUCUUUGCUGAUGUUGCUCAACCUGACCAAACAAGAAUCGUUGCCCUCAAUGCACACAACUUUCUGAAGAAUGGAGGCCAUUUUGUCAUUUCUAUCAAGGCAAACUGCAUUGACUCCACAGCUGCCCCAGAGGCAGUGUUUGCUUCAGAGGUUAAAAAGAUGGCCUCUGAAAACAUGAAGCCCCAGGAGCAGUUGACACUUGAGCCAUACGAGAGAGAUCAUGCGGUUGUUGUAGGGAUCUACAGACCACCACCCAAACAGAAGAAAUGAGGGGUCCUGGUGAAAUCCUCCAUUAUUAUUUGUGUCCCUCAUUGCUCCUGAUAUUGUUUCUGCCACUAGAUGGCCCCACAGUUUGCAGAUGCAACAACACAGACUCUUAUGUAAAAUAACCAUUCAACUGUUUCUGCUGGGAAACCAUCUGCAGUAUUUGAUUUAUACAGAAGACAUUAUGAAGAGCAACCCGUUUAUUUUUUGUUUGUGAUAAUCCUCUAUCAAUAUAUAUAUACUGUCCUGAGAGGGGGAUGAUGUUUUUGGCUUGUAACAACUGAAUACUAGAUGCGUUAUGCUAAAAAAUUGUAAACAUUGAGCAACUCAAAAUUAAAAGAAGCCUUAAAAACUAUUUACUGGAAAACUGUAGAUAUUCAGUAAAAUUGUGAAAUUUUGUGAAAGUUAAUAUGAAAUAGUUAUGAUUUGUGGCUUCCCCGAAUUGUUAAUCUGACAAAAGGUUCUUGUAAGAAUAUUGCUUGUCAAACAAACAUGUAAUUUGCAGAUUUUUACGUUUAUUGUUGCUGUUUUGUUUGAAUAUUUUUAGUAAAAAUUUUUAAAUGAC